AUGUCUGCACCCUCAAGUACCACCCAUACGCCGUCUGCACCGCGGAAGCGGACAGCACGGCUGCUGGCGCAGGUGGCACCCGCUGGCGGUCGCGGACGGGCUGCCGGAGGAGACGGCGACGACGAUGUGGUGGUCCUGGCGGCGGUGCGGACGCCGAUCGGAAGGGCGCGCAAGGGCUCGUUCCGCGAUACCCACCCGACGACGCUGCUUCAGGCGGCGGUGACCGGUGCGGUGGAGGCUGCGGGUGUGCCGCGUGCUGACGUCGGCGAUGUGGUGGUGGGCAACGUGCUCGCCCCUGGCGGCUUUGCCACCCAGGCCCGCAUGGCCCUCUUCCUGGCCGACUUCCCCGUCGAGGUCCCUGUCGUCACCACCAACCGCCAGUGCUCGUCGGGUCUGCAGGCUGUGGCCUCGGUCGCUGCCGCCAUCGCCACUGGCGUCAUCGACGUCGGCAUCGGCGCAGGCGUCGAGUCCAUGUCGUCAGCCGACAUGAUGGCCUCGCUCGGCCCGGUCAACGACGCCGUUCAUGACGUGCCCAACGCCGCAGCUUGCCUCACUCCCAUGGGAAUCACGUCGGAGAACGUUGCCGCCAAGUACGGCGUCUCGCGCGAGACCCAGGACGCUUUUGCGCUUCUCUCGCACCAGCGCGCGCUCGCGGCGCAGGAUCAGGGCCUGUUUGACGACGAGAUCGUGCCGGUCACCGCCGUUGUCGUCGACGAGAACGACGACGAGACCCAAGUUAUUGUCCGCUCCGACGACGGCCCCCGCCCGUCGACUCUGGCCAAGCUUGCCAAGCUCCGCCCGGCGUUCAAGAAGGGCGGCUCAACGACCGCCGGCAACUCGUCGCAGGUCUCCGACGGCGCCGCGGCUGUUGUUCUCGCCUCGCGCGCAUACGCCAAGACCCACGGCUCACCGGUUCUUGGCCGCUUUGUCGCCUUUGCCGUGGCGGGCGUCCCGCCCGCCAUCAUGGGCAUCGGCCCGGCCGUCGCCAUCCCAGCCGUCCUCGCCAAGGCCGGCCUCUCCAUCGACGACAUCGACAUCUUUGAGAUCAACGAGGCUUUUGCCUCACAGGCCACGUACUGCGUCGACGUUCUCGGCAUUCCUACCGAGAAGGUCAACCCACUCGGUGGCGCCAUCGCUCUCGGUCAUCCACUCGGCUGCACCGGCGCCCGCCAGGUGGCCACCCUCCUCCACCACCUUGCCCGCACUGGCGGCCGCUACGGCGUCGUCUCUAUGUGCAUCGGCGGAGGCCAGGGCGCCGCUGCCAUCUUUGAGCGCGAGCCGUAG